CGUCAGUCUACUGUCACGUUACUGUCAAAUAUUUUUAUAAAUAUAUAAUUCUGAUUAUCAAAAAUCCCAUAUUCUCAAACUAUAAAAAUAAACUAACAACUAACUGUUUGGGCCCCCUAAAGUAUUGAUAUUCUACUAGCAGAAUGUCGAUUUUAUCCCCGUUCGUCAAAUCUCCAUUCAACGACGUGUUCUAUCCGGCGGUAACAAACCAAUGGGGCAAAGGACCUUGUAAAGAAAUCGAAAUGAAAACGUUGGACUGUUUGGAGGCGUACGGCAUGGCCAGAGGAAUGAAAGAGUGCGAAAACCUGUUGAGGGAUUUCGACGAGUGCGUUUUCAAACGUAAACAAUUUCAGAGAAUCAUGGCUAUGAGAAUGGAAAGGCACCGUCAACAUUUUGCAGGGGAAAGAACCGGGGCAGAUAAAUACACUAAAGAGCCACCACUAAAUGACAGUUAUUGAACUUAUGAAUACAGUUGUAUAGUUUUGGAAAUAUUAGGGUUUUUCUUUGGUAUAUUAAAUAUAUCUUCUAUAUGAAACAGUUUUUUUAUUAAAUAGCUUAAAUGUAAACCUAAUCCUAACUUCCUUUCGAAUAUUUUUUCCAGAACUUCUUCACAUCAUCGUGAGCGUUUUUGUGUAUC